AUGAAUGAAGAAAUUAGAAACAUACUAAAAAAAAUAUUAGAAAUGUAACUUGAUUGCACUUAGAUACUUACAACAAUUCUAUUUAAAAAUAAUGAUCAAUAGAAAGAUGAAGAUAUGUAUAUAAAUAAAUAAAAUAUGGAAGAACAAAAGAAUUAAUUUGAAUAAGUUGAUAAAAAAUAAAAAAAAAAACAUCUUAAUAAUGAAAAAUCUAUAGAAGUAGCAAAAUAAAAUAAUUCAGAUUUUUAAUAAAAAUUAAUCUAUGAUGUGAAUUAAGAAAUAAAGAUAUCUCCUGAAGAAUGUUAUAAGAAGCUUAAUAAUAUUAUAUAAGAUUUUAGAUAGAAAAAUUCUUUAGCAAUUAAACCUUAAAAUUUUGAUUUCCAAUAGAUAAAGGACUAUCAUAAUAAAAGUAAGUUUAAAGAGUUAAGAAAUUAGAUAAAGCAAAUAGUAAAUUGUAUAGACAAUAAGAAAUGGAUAAUUUAAAAAGCUAAUGGACAAAAAGUUAUUUAAUGUCCUUCAUGUGAUUUUUAAGGAUUUUCUGGAGUUUAUCAUCCUCAUAUAUUGAAGAAACAUUGUUAAAACUAUUAUAUCUUUUGUUGUUUUAUAUGUUAUAGAGAUUUUUAAUCAUAUAUCUUAUUGAAAAAACAUCUAAAAAGAUAACAUAAAUAAAUAAUGAAUACUAGUUCAGAUGUAGAAAUAAUAAAAGUUUAAUAAGACGAUAAUGAGAAUGAUUUAAGUAUAAGUAUUUGA